AUGUUUCCGCGUCCCCGGCCCCCUCCUCUAGAGCCAAAGCCAACACUACCUCUACCAGCCAGCGAUUACCACUGGAAGCUGCAUGAGGAUACUAUCCAGCGUACCCUGGCCCACGCAGAAACAGAGAGCUUUCCGGCGCUGCGUUAUGAAUCGCAUGACUUUGGGCUCCUCCUUAUUGCCAUUGACCCGGACACCGGCGACUCAGUGUUACAUCGGGCUGCUGCCGUGGGCAAUGUGAAUUUUCUCAACAGUAUCCAUCCUAUGUUUGGCAAGCAGCUCGGCUUCAGACCCCAUGCAGAGCGGCUUUUUUAG